AGGAGAGCAAAAGAGGACGUAGCUCUCCAGUGGGAUCAGAGGGUCCUGCUUCCCUUGGCCUCUCUGCUGUGGACCCCAGCACCUGCAGCUCUCUCUUCUCCUUCAGCAGCCUCCAGGGGCUGGGCCCCACACUGGGCCUCAGAGACUUUCACUUACCAGACGAGGAAUUUGGACUACUAAAACUUGAGAAAUUAGAAUCUUCCCCUGUGAGUGACCUGGAGGUUUUUGUUCCUGGUGUGUCUGAGGACGGUGUGGCUUUGGAGGACACACAGCUUCCACAGAUGAAUCCAGGAGAAAAAACUCUCCAAAGUAAUUUGCUUUUGCCUUUCAAAACUGCCUUGCCCGGGUUACCCAGCGUAGGAAGCCCAGCUUCCAGGAAGGAGCUUUGCACCCAUGAAUUGCUGUUUACUCCCGUGGGGACUGCCCUAGCUGGUGCUCCCACUCAGCCUGAGUCCCAGGUGUCCUCCUCUGUUUUCCCUCUCGUGGGUGCCACCCCAGCUGCUGCACCCUCGGCACACAGCGAGCUCCUCCCCACCUCACCUCCUGCACCUCCCUCCCCAGAGAGCCCACGUUCCUGCAGAGCAGCACCUGCCCUGGCCCCGGGAGAUGGGCAGUGCAAAGACUCUGCCCUGCCACUGCCCUUGGGCAGCUGUGGAGCAGGAUCUGCUAGAGAAGGGGAGGAACACGGUGCAGGGUUCCCAGUAGAACCUGAAGGAGGUCCCAGUAGUAACUCUGAUGAGGCUGUGGCCUUGGAGAAGCAUCAGCAGUCAGAGAGCAAACAGCAGAGAUCCUGCAGAGCUUCUCCUGAACAGAAAAAAGAUGUAGCAGAACGUUUGACUCCAGUACUGCUUGAUGGCCUGACAGAAGAGAGCUUGCAGCUUGUAUCCAAGCUAAAGGAUUCUUCUGGUUCCUGUGCCGUGGAUGUGAGCACCAUGUGGUGGGAGGCAGCUGGCUGCAGAGAGCUGUGUGUGGUGACUGCCUGUGAGAGCUCUGUCUCCCUCUGGAAACCUCUGGCAUCCGACCGCUGGGAAAAGGUCCAUACGUGGCAGCUCGGAGAGGUGCCUGUAAUCCAGAUCGUUCCUCUGCCAGACACCUGCAAUCUCAUGUGUAUAGCACUGGGAGAUUUGGAGAUUGGAGAAAUAAGGCUCCUGCUUUAUUCUUCUGAGAACGACUCAUUCAAGCAAGUGCCAAUAAAAACUGAAACAAUAAAAGCUGUCCUUGGGCUGAAGGGCAGGAGGCUGGUCAGCAGCAGCAGGACCCUGCAGGAGCAGCGAGUGGAGAUAGUGUCACUUUCAGAGACAGGAAGGAGCAAGGAUGGACAGACCCUGAUGCCCCCCAAAGAAACUGUUCUGGCUUUUGCUGAAGUGGAAGGGGAGAGGGACGCCUUGGUGGGCACCACAGCAGCACACAGCCUUGUUGUCUGGAAUCUGAAGACGGGCCAGCUCCUGAAGAAGAUGGACGUUGGUUGUUCCUACCCAGCCCCCGUCUGCCACCGCGCGUAUUCCAGCUCGGGCCUGCUGUUUGUUGUUGUGAGCCACCCCCACGCCGAGGGGAACCCCGCCUUCCGCCUGCUCGCCCUCAACCCCCGCACGGCCCGGGGCACCGGGGUCACCUCCUGCUGCCUGCCCCCCGCCCACGCGGGCAG